GAAUCCAUAGUACGCAGAGAUUCAUACAUCUGUUGUUUGUUUUACAGCUUUGUCCGUACGCAAUGUUUUAUUAUGAAUUCAACGCAAGUCUUUGUACAUGAGGCCCCUGGUCCGUGAGAAUCUCUUUUGGGAUUCCCACGCAGGAGAUUAAAAGAAACAGGGCGUCCGCCACACUCUUUGCUGAGAUGUUGCGGAGUGCCACGGCUUCGGGAUAUCGUGUUGCGUGAUCCACUAUGACUAACGCAAAACGAUGUCCCCGUGCUGAUCGUUCUAAGGGCCCAAUGAGGUCCAUACCAAUUCGUUCGAAGGGGACCUGCACUAGAGGAAGAGGUCGCAUUCGGGUGGCUGGUGGGUUCACCAACUGACAUUCCCGACAAGACGCGCACCAUCUGCGCACUUUCUCGUGAAUGCCCAGCCAAAAAAUCGGGUCAUUAGACGAUUUAAUGUGGCUGUCAUACCUAAAUGCCCUGCAAUUGGAUUACAAUACGCCGUCUGGAAAAGCAUUUUACGACGGCUCCGAGGUACUAAUAAUUGGGUUGUAUCUUCCUUUCUCUAAGCGUCAUGGGUCACUCGACACAACCGGUCCUUAAUAAUGGCAAAAUAUUUAUAGUAGAACGCGCAGUCCGGAUGGAGGACCUACCUAUCGAUGGAACGGACCUGCUCGAAUGCAUGUUUGAGGGUCUCAUCCUGGCACUGCUCCAGAGGAAAGUCAUCGUGACUGAAAAGGUUUAGCCUCGCCUAGUCACUCGGUUCCCCUGAAGCUUCCCAACUGGGUCCUAGCACAGAUUCUCCCACCUGAGCGCUCGCCCCGCCCUCCGGCCCUCUCUUCUUCCCUGAGGCAUCCACUGUUAAACACCCCAAUAAUUGUUUGAAAGCUGGCCAAUUGGUCCCCAAGAUUAGUGGAUGCCAGAGGCGCGGACUAACGGCCACCUCCACAUAAAGCUUUUGUCCCCUUAAUUUGAUGGCUAUGGCUUUUACGGGGUAUUCCACUAUAUCCCCAUGCACACACCUCACCUUAACCAUGUGGCCCGUAUCCAAUGCCCUGGAUUGUAUCAGGCUUUGAUGAAUGGAGGUCUGUUUACAACCUGAAUCCACCAAAGCCUGAUAGGUACCCCCCUUAAUACUCACGGGUAUUUGGUACAACCCGGCUCGAUCGGGGGCAGCCUGCGGGUCGUCCGGGAUCCGGACCAAUGUUCCCAUCUCCAUGACCGGGCACCGAUCCACAAAAUGGCCCAUAUCCCGGCAACGCCAGCAGGCCGGCCUAGGCCUCACCACCGCCCUAGUGGCCGGAAUUGGGUCAGGUGAUUGACGUGAGGAAGUGGCAGGUGGCUCAUCGAGUGCCUCCCGAUGUGGCGACGACAUUCCCCUGGCAGGGCCCCGCUAAGUCAAAUAUAAUAAAUUCAUGUUCAGUGAAACUCCUCUGACAACAAUCUCCUAUUCAUCAAUUCAUCAAUAAAUGCAGGAAUAUUUCCAUCAGUUUACAAGUGAAUACAAGCCUCAAAUCAUCAAAAAGAGAUGAAAUCUGUAAAGACUCAGUUUAUUAAAGAGGACCGAGAGAAGAUGAGACACACUGAAGAUACUGAAGAACAAACAGAUCUGAUUGAACAUAAUGAGGAGAGAGAAGAAUUGAGUGAAUCUGAAAAGAAAAAUCAUGUCAGAUACAGAGAAAAACCCAAACAGAAAGAUUUAAAGAAAAGGAAGAAGAAGAAAUCUUUCCCCUGCACUCAGUGUGGAAAGAGUUUCACAAGCAAAUCUCUUCUCAAGCGACACAUGAACAUCCACACUGGAGAGAAACCGUUCACUUGUGAUCAGUGCGGGAGGAGUUUCUCACAAUCAGCAAACCUUCAGCUACACAUGAGCAUCCACACUGGAGAGAAACCACACACAUGUGAUCAAUGCGGGAAGAGUUUCACACGGUCAUCAACUCUUAUGACACACAUGAACAUCCACACUAGAGAGAAGCAGUACACAUGUGAUCAAUGCGGGAAAGCAUUUUUGUGGGUUUCAAACCUGACAAAACACCUGAAACUUCAUGCAAAGGAGAAACCACAUUCAUGUAAUUUGUGUGGAAUGAGUUUUCGAUUAAUACAAUAUUUGAAAGCUCAUCAGAAAAAACAUACUGGUGUGAGAGAGUACAUGUGCUUUGAGUGUGAAAGGACUUUUAUUUCAGCGAGCCUUUUAAAACUGCAUGAGAAGAUUCACACUGGAGAGAAACCUUACAAGUGUUCACACUGUGACAAGAGAUUCAUUGUUUCAUCACAUCUGAAAAGACAUGAGAUGAUCCACACUGGAGAGAAACCUUUGAAGUGUUCACACUGUGACGAGAGAUUCGUUCAGUCAGGAAACCUGAAAAAACAUGAGAGGAUUCACACUGGAGAGAAACCUUUUAAGUGUUCACACUGUGACGAGAGAUUCAUUCAGUCAGGACACCUUAAAAUACAUGAGAUGACCCACACUGGAGAGAAACCUUACAAGUGUUCACACUGUGACAAGAGAUUCAGUGUGUCAUCAAGUCUAAAAACACAUGAGAGGAUCCACACUGGAGAGAAACCUUACAAGUGUUCACACUGUGAUGACAGAUUCAGUCGAUCAGAAUACCUGAAAACACAUGAGAGGAUCCACACUGGAGAGAAACCUUACAAGUGUUCACACUGUGAUGAGAGAUUCAGUGUGUUAUCACAUCUAAAAACACAUGAGAGGAUCCACACUGGAGAGAAACCUUAUAAGUGUUCACACUGUGACAAGAGAUUCAGUCGUUCAUCAAGUCUAAAAAGACACAAGAGGAUCCACACUGGAGAGAAACCGUAUCACUGCAAUCAGUGCGGGAAGAGUUUCACAAGUAAAGCUCUUCUCAAGCUACACAUGAGAGUUCAUACUGGAGAGAAACCGUUCACUUGUAAUCUGUGCGGGAAGAGUUUCACAUGGUCAUCAAACCUUAUGACACACAUGAACAUCCACACUGGAGAGAAACCACACACAUGUGAUCAAUGCGGGAAGAGUUUCUCACAAUCAUCAUCUCUUAAGGUACACAUGAACAUCCACACUGGAGAGAAACCACACACAUGUGAUCAAUGCGGGAAGAGUUUCACACGGUCAUCAAACCUUAUGACACACAUGAACAUCCACACUGGAGAGAAACCACACACAUGUGAUCAAUGCGGGAAAACAUUUUUGUGGUCUUCAAACCUGACAAAACACCUGAAACUUCAUGCGAAGGAGAAGCCACAUUCAUGUCAUUUGUGUGGAAAGAGUUUUCGAUUAAAAGAAUAUUUGAAAGCUCAUCAGAAAAAACAUACUGGUGUGAGAGAGUACAUGUGCUUUGAGUGUGAAAGGACUUUUAUUUCAGCGAGCCAUUUAAAACUGCAUGAGAAGAAUCACAGUGGAGAGAAACCUUACAAGUGUUCACACUGUGACAAGAGAUUCAUUGUUUCAUCAAGUCUAAAAACACAUGAGAUGAUCCACACUGGAGAGAAACCUUUUAAGUGUUCACACUGUGACGAGAGAUUCAUUCAGUCAGGAAACCUGAAAACACAUGAGAUGAUCCACACUGGAGAGAAACCUUACAAGUGUUCACACUGUGAAAAGAGAUUCAGUGUGUCAUCACAUCUAAAAACACACGAGAUGAUCCACACUGGAGAGAAACCUUACAAGUGUUCACACUGUGACAAGAGAUUCAGUGUGUCAUCACAUCUAAAAAGACACGAGAGGAUCCACACUGGAGAGAAACCUUACAAGUGUUCACACUGUGACAAGAGAUUCAGUGUGUCAUCACAUCUAAAAACACAUGAGAGGAUCCACACUGGAGAGAAACCUUACAAGUGUUCACACUGUGAUGACCGAUUCAGUCGAUCAGGAUACCUGAAAACACACGAGAGGAUCCACACUGGAGAGAAACCUUACAAGUGUUCACACUGUGACGAGAGAUUCAGUGUGUCAUCAAGUCUAAAAAGACACAAGAGGAUCCACACUGGAGAGAAACCGUAUCACUGCACUGCAUGUGGGAAGUGUUUCAAACAUUCAUCUUCUCUACACAAUCAUACAAAAAACAAACACAGUUAGUAGAUCAUCUUCAGAUCUGAUGCUGCUUCCUCACCAAAUGUGACACAAUAAUGGAUCAAGCUGUGAAAUAUCAUCUGGAUAAAUCAUUACCAGUGACAAGUCAAAGAAACAUUAUCUGAAGUUUUCUCAGUGAAUAAAGUUCAUCUUCAAAACCAGCAGAUCCAACUGAGAUUCAGAUAAACUCAAAGAUAAAUUUUCUCCCCAAAGAACAAUGUCACAAAAGUUUAUUAUUGUACAUCAUUUUGCUUCAUGAUAUAAAUGAUAUCCCAUGGGGCGGGUUACGGAAAAUUUCUUAUCUCAGUUCUCAACUUAAGAUAUAUGUUAAAUUAGGAUUUGUUUCAAAUUCGUAUUACAGAAGCAAAUCUUAACUUGAUUUAGGAUUAUUAUCCUAUCUUACAAAGUCGUAUCUUAUCUCUAGUUAGGAAACACUGUGCGAGCUGCUGAUGAGGGAAACAGAAUAACAGAAGCUACUUCAAUUUGGCAAAGAAAAGUAAAGACAUUAGUCAAUGGAAGAGUCUUUUCUGAAGUAGCUUUUGUCCUGAAUGUUGUCCUAACUGAAAUGAUCAUGGUUAUCAAUCAGAUUAGAUAAUAUUUUAAAGUUAGGAUCUUUCUGUUACUAUGGAAUCCUGGAUACCUUUACCAGACCAGAUGAACUUUACGACCCAAUGGCAUGUUGAGAGUCCUCCCUCUCACUACCUUUCCCCAUAGGAGACACCCAUAAUGCCCAUAAAAGACUCUUCUCUAGUUAAUUCAUAGGAAAAAACACUUUCUCUGUGUAAUGAUUCAACCUUCGUAAUCAUCGGGAAGAAGGAGGCAGGAACCGGCGGACAAACAAAUGAUAUUUUAAUAAUUCAAAAUAAACACAAAACCGCGCACCAGCCCCUCACGGACGACGGAUGCGCGCAAAUAAAAAGCAAAACAUAAACUAAAAUCCCAGGCCUGGUCCUCUCUCGUCCUUUACUAUCGUCGCUCCAGUUUUAUAUCCUACCAUCUCCUACGUGUGACUCAAGACCUGCGGUGGGUCGCAGGUGUUGCUGAUUUCCCAAUCAUUCCGCCGGCCUCACUCCUUGUUCCCACAUCCCUCGGCCCCGUCCCACUCGCCACACUCUGAAAGAACACGCAUAUCGCCAGGUCACUGUGUAUAUUAUUACUGUUCUCGUAUAUUGUCUUUUGUAUUGUAUACUGUUUUAUGCAUGCAUUAUGAUAGAUCACUAAUUAAAAUAACAUCAUCUAUACCAUGUUUGGUCUCUUUGAAUUUGUGUUUUGAUGAUCUAAUUGAGAGUGUACAUAUGUUGAUACCUACACUACAUGAUAAUGCUCUGAGAAUCUUUAGUAGUUCUGCAUCAACACCCAAUGCCAUUAAAUAUACAAAAUACCAUGCUGCGACGACAAAGAGUCGUAAACUUUCCCUCCGAAAGUGUAGAUCUCUAUUGGUUAAGAAAUGUGUUAGACUAGUUUGUGUUAGUGUUUAGUUAAUAAAACUCUUGUGCACAGAUUA